UUAAAAUGCAAUUCUGAUUGCUGUCUUUUGUGUCCAGAUCCUUUAUCCUGUCUGAAAAUGGCUGAAGAAAUUACUGAAUGCGAGAUGGCAUUGGGUUGCUUGUUCAGCGUCUUCAUGGAGAAGCAAGGAGAUGAUGGAAAGCUGACCAAAGAAGCUUUUUUGCAGCUGCUGAAUGAGCAGAUACCCUCAUUCAAGGCUGGUAAAAACAUUGGAGAAGAGAUAUUCAAAGGCGUAGACUUCAAUCAUGAUGGAGCCGUCGACUUCCAGGAGUUUGCUAUGAUGAUUGCAGGAUACGCUUCUAAGAAUUUUGCUGCCCUUCAAAAAGUCAUGAAAGAAGCAAAGAAGGGAAAGUAAGACUGAGCAGGCCAAAAACCACUGAUGAAUUACAAUUCUUGGUUUGACGAUAAAUAAAUAAAUAAAACCUUUUCCUGCCAAAUCUUUAUGCAGAUCUGU